AUGUUGAAGUCGUUUACUUCAUUUGAGUUUAUUUUCAUGGCACAUUUAUUGCUAACCAUAUUUGAGUACACAUAUGACUUAAAUCAUACUUUGCAAAAGAGGGAUCAAGAUAUUGUUAAUGCAAUAGAUCUCAUCUAUGAUACAAAGACUCAACUACAGUUUUUGCGGGAGGAUGGUGGAUGGGAAGAUUUUCUUAAAACUGUCAAUUCCUUUUGUGACAAGCAUGGCAUCAAAAUUCCUAGUAUGGAUGAUUUUUACAAGCCAGUUGGAAGAGAUAGGAGGUUCUUUCCAAAAGCUAAGAAUCUACAUCGUUUUCAUGUUGACGUGUUCUUAAGUGCCAUUGAUAGGAUACUACGAGAGCUUAAUGACAGAUUUGAUGAGGUAAAUACAAAUUUGCUUCUUUGCAUGGCAUCAUUUAAUGCUGUUGAUUCAUUUGUUGUGUUUGACAAGGAUAAAUUGGUUAAGCUUGCUCAGUUCUAUCCUAAUGAUUUCUCAAGCAUUGAAAUGAUUCAUCUUCCUUUUCAACUUGCACACUUUGUUACUGAUAUGCAUAGAGAUGAAAGGUUUAGAGCAAUGAAAAAUCUUGUUGAGCUAUCCAUUAUGCUUGUUGAAACAAAGAAGAACCUCAACUAUGAUACUGUGUAA